CAAGUUACUAUCUAUAACACAGCAGCAGCAGUGGUGAAACUGCACAGUCCCAAUACCAUCAGAAAGAGAAAUGUGCCAGAGGGCUUAUUGCUUCCUAGUCAGCACCUUACAAUGUGGUAACAACAAAUGGAAACAAGAUCCAGCUGAGCAAUUAGAAUGAGUGAGAAAUUGAAAAAUCAAGGUGACAUUUUUGGAGACCAAAGUAUUGGUUUUAUUACUGAUCUGUGACAUUGGAUACCACUGUGAAACCUAUUCCACACAACAUCAGUCACAAGACAUGAAUCAACAACUCUAAGAUUGGAAGUUAGGAUACCAUGUUAAAUAUGGAGCCUGUGACAAGUGAAGUAAUGAAGCUGGGAAUGAAGACCUGUUACAUGUGUCAUUACUGCUUAUUUUUUGUGUUGCUAACUAUUGUUGAAGCCUUGUUAGCGUGUCCUACACACUGUUCUUGUAAAAAGUACGAAGUUGAUUGCAGCAAUCUCGGCCUUGUGACCAUUCCAACAGACAUUCCAUCAAACAUUAAAUUUCUCUCACUCAGCAACAAUAAGCUCAGCAGCCUACAAGCUCUCACAUUCAGUAAUUUUACCACAUUGGAGAAACUGGAUCUGUCUAACAAUUACCUGGACCAAUUACCAGCAAAUGUAUUUGAUUACAUCAGGAACCUGACUGAUCUCAACUUAAGAAAUAACAGCAUUCGAAGUCUGGAUAAAAGCAUCUUCUACAAGACCACUAACUUGCAAAGAUUGGACCUUUCUGUUAAUGGCCUCUCUCAGAUUCCACUGCUCUUAUUUGAUGAAAUGCAGAACUUGACUUGGUUGAAUCUGGAAGAAAACAGGAUGCCAAAUCUCGAAAGGGAGGCCUUUGAGCCACUUGAAUUUCUUCGGCAGUUGCAGCUUGGUGGGAAUCCUUGGGAAUGUGACUGCAGCCUGAGAGACUUCAAACACUGGAUGGAAUGGUUCCUUUACAAAGGUGGAAAACUUGAUGGAAUUGAAUGUUCUCUGCCGAAAGACCUCCGUGGAAAAGAUCUCAGAGCUGUUCCCAUAGAGAUGUUCAACUACUGCAUCCAACUGGAGGAUGAAAAUAAAUCUUCAGGAAAUGGAAAAGUAGUCACAGGCCCUCCCUGUGUGAAACAGGAGGUCAGCACCCCAAGGCCACAUUACUUUCAUACUUCAGAUUGCAUGAGACAACGCUACCGCCCAGUCAGUGUCAGGCGAGCCAUUGGAACAGUCGUUGUUGCUGGGGUCUUAUGUGGCAUUGUUUGCAUCAUGAUGGUGGUGGCUGGAGCAUAUGGUUGCAUAUAUGCCUCCUUGAUGGCAAAAUAUCAUAGAGAGCUUAAAAAACGACAGCCGCUGAUGGGAGAGGGUGAGCAAGAGCAGGAGGAUCAAAAGCAGGCUUCUUCCAUGGCAUGAGGAUUAGGUACAAGAUAGCAUUCAAUGGAAAAAGAGCUGUCUUCAUCGGUUUUCUCCAGCUCUGGCCUUUAUGUGUUUAUUGCAAUGUUGAUACAAAUAUUGACUUGUUAGUCUCAUCGCAGUAUAGGGAAGCACAAAUCAUUUAAUGAAACACAUUCUACAGGCCUGAAUUCUGCUUAUUGGUUUUCUGAGGCUCGACAGGAUGCAUUAGAAUCUAAUAAGGAGAAGAAUAUAGAAAGGAGUAUGGUUGUCUUGAAAAUUCUUUUGCAUGAAAUUUGUUUGAAAGUAUUUAGAAUUCAAGGCAAAAAAUGGCUGUUUGAAUCCUUGUACCUGCAGCUAACUCCAGUAUUUGGAGGAACAAAUACUGAAACUUUCAGUUUUUUUCUCGGGUUUUGUGUGCAUGAAACAACUCUGAAUUGCAGCAUCAAUUGCUAUUCAGUAUGGGAAUCUCAUUAAGCCAUCUUAUAUUGUUCAGAAGGAAAGCUGGCCCUCAUUCCAGUUAGGUAAUAUCUUCUGUAAUUGUAAAAUGUUGUUUGGUACUUAAUGAUACUUAACAGGUUAUUCAUAGGAUACGCAAUCAAACACACUUUUCUAAGUAUUUCACUAGAGUAUCUCAACUAAACUUGCGAGGUAUUUAUUUGUCACUUUUAAUUCAUGAUAGUUUGUCAUACAUUCAUUUACCUGUCCUGUUUAAUUCCAGUGAGAAAGACUUGACAAAUGGGAAAGACUUUUCUCAUCCAAAUAGACACAAAAUAUUGAUAUUUGAGUGAUUGUGAAGUUAUAAUCAAGAGGUUCAAAAGCAACAUACAUAACAAAAUGCUGCAAACAGUAGUGAAUGACAGUUGUUCAACUAGGUACUCAAUAUAAUGUGAACAAAAUUAUUUUUUAGGAUUGAACAAGAGGCAACAUUAUAAAGUUAAUUUCUGACACCAUUUAAUGCAAUUGCAGAAUUUUAAUGCAGGGUUUUAGAUGCUUUUUUUUCCUAAUAAUGUAUGUAAGGUAAUUAAUCUCAUUAAAAUGCCCUAAAAUUAUGAUAAUGAAAAUGUAUUUUGAAGUAAUGCAUCGAUGAAAUAACAGAGAGAAUUUUAAUUUGAUAUUUUAGGAAUGGGGGUGUAGGUGGAGAUGACUUGCCGAAAACCUGAAGGCUGAACUACUCUGAGGAGUUUGAAGAUCCACUGUCAUAACUGAGUGUGGGAGUUGAUUGCGUUCCAGCAUGUGGCAGGAAUCCACUGUGGCAUUUUGCCUAUGAUAAUUAAGGACUCUGGUCCAACGUGAAAGCUUUGAGCACUUUCAGAGAGCCAGCCCCUCGGCAGCUUUGGCAAUGCCAAUAUUUAUGGCUUGUCAAUUCUGAGAUUGUAUCACCAAGCAGUAGGCCCUUUCGUACCCAGGUGCCCUUGAAGAGAGUUGAGAUUUUUGAGGAACGAAAGACUAGGCAAAUAAGAGCAUUCCAGUGGCAUCGCCUUGGGUGCAGGAAAUAUCAUUGAUGCAAGAGAGCCAUUCCAUUGAACAUGCAGCAUCCAUCUCUGAUGGCAGUGAUAACUCAUUGUGAGGUUGCUGCUGAGCUUCCAACAGCCAUCGUGGCUGAGCUUCUUGAAUUUAUUUUACGGUUCCAUUUUCCUGCCAUAUUGCCACACUGCUGCUUCCCAGCCUGUCUCCAAAUGACUAGAAAAAUUUAGCCCCAGAAGUCUGUCUUUCCCCAAAUGCUGCUUUGCACCAUAUAGUUUAUGUCAUGGACUAAUCCCCCACCUGGAAGUUUGCUCAAUUUGUCUGUCUUGGUUUCCAAUAACAAGACAAAUAUUUGAGGUGAUAUGAUAAGGUAUUCCAGGCGGUGUCGCCAUACCUGACACUGGAGGGAGUGUGCAAUCCCAUAAAAGCACUCCAAUUCCUGAGAGAGGGGAUGGUCUGAUGCUGGGGUUUGUGACUUGUCCUCCUUGCCUGCUGUGACAGAGAAUUCCACAGAUUCACCCCCCUUUGCGUAAAGAAAUUUCACUGUAUCUCAGUCUGAAAUGCCUACCAUAUAUUCUGAGACCAUAACUUCAUUCUGGAACCCCUAGGCCAAGUGAAACAUUAUCCCUGCACUCAGUCUGUUCAGUCUGCUACAAUUGCACAUGUUUUAAUGAGAUCCUCUUUCAUUCUUCUAAACUCCAGUAAAUAUAGGCUCAGUCUCCUCAAAUGACAAGCCUGCUAUCCCAGGAAUCAGUCUGGUGAAUGUUUGUUCCCUCUCUCUAUGGUAAGCGGAUCUUUUCUUCAGUAAGGAGAUCAAAACUGCACAAAAUACUGUAAGUUUGGCCUCAUCAACACCCUGCAGCAGCAGGAAAGUAUCCUAGUUUCUAUAUUACAACCCUUUUACAAUGAAAGCCAUCAUACAAUUUGCUUUUCUCACUGUUUGUUGCAUCUGAUGCUUGCUUUCAAUGAUCAGCGUAGGACUUCCAACUUCAACCUUUCCCAAUCUAUCACAAUUUAAAUAAUAACCUGACAUUCUAGCUUUCCCACUAAAGUGAACAACCUGACAUUUAUCCAUGAAGAUAUGUGGAUGAGGACUAGCCAUGACCUCCUGGAAUUAAUUUCUUAAAUCUGAUUUGCCCACAAUUUUUAAAAUGUAGUUAAUCGUCAUUCUUGGCUGAACCUCCAGAAAUAAAGCAUUCCUAAUAAAAUGAUAUGAUGCCACCUAAGAUUGGCAUACUGUUGGCUUCAAAAAUUUUAAAAUGAUUAUUCUCUGCUGUCCUGAGCCCAAGUAACUGUGCAUUAGGAAGGGAAUUUGGAUAGUAGCAGUGCUAGGAGAAAAAAUAGGGAGGUAACCAAAAGGAUUAUUUUGAGAGCCUUUUGAAAGUGAUAAAAUGUGUAAUGGAAUGAGACCUUUGGAAUAGAAUUCCAGAGAGCAGGACUGAGAUGAUUAAUAUAUAAUAAAAUAGAUAUCUGGCAGUGUUUCAGGCUAAAAUCUAAAAGAGGGUUUCAUAUUUGAAGAAUAAUGAAUUACUAGGAAUGGUUACAAACCAUAUAAAACCACAUAUUUGCUACAAGCCAACAUAAUCAGGAAGACUGAUAUGAAUUGCAAGAAUGAAGCAAACAUUCUGAUCUCUGAAAUUUCUAUAUUCAGCUCUUUGAUACUGUAUUCAGGUUUCUAUAUAUCUUUCUAAUUUCUUAUGUAUUUGUGAUCCAGGACUUAGAUUUUGUUGUUCUGCCUGCAGUAGCCAGGAGCAUAUUGGUAACUGAUGUUACGUGCAAUACCUAUGCUGCUACAUUAAUGAUUGGGACUUCACUAAUGUCAUUUUGUUGAAACCAUUUGAAAUUUAAUGGCACAAAAGUCUGCAUGCAGGAAACAUGUAUACCCCCUUGAUUUCAGCUUCUGUCUCAUGUAUUUAUUUUCCUCCCAUAUAUGAAUUGGGCCUUUGAGUAAAAUUGUCUUUUUCUCCCAGCAAUGCACCUUAACAUCAACACACAAGUUUGUCACUUAAAUUUCCAGCUCCAAGGAUUCUUGGGACUUGCCUCAGGAAGAUUAUCAUCAAAUCAGACUGAAUGUUAGUCCACUAUCCAUGUGGUACUUAUAAUGCAAGAUGCUUCUUAUAAAGGACCGAAGUGAAAUAGAUUUAUUAAGCCCCAAGUUUCAGCUAAAUUUAGGUCCACAAGGCAACACAACAUAGUAAGUUUUCCUUUUAGCAAAACCUAAAGAGUGUUUGAUAUAGAAAGCACAAAUGUAGGAAAAUAUACUGUCCAAAGACUGCAGAUAAACAUAUUCUUGGGAAGUGUAAUAGGGAUUUUGCAUUGUGUCCAUCCCCUACACUGUAGAUGGUGACUAAUGUAACUGAAUGACAACAAUGAAAAACAUAACACUGGUAUUUUGAUGAGCCCACAAUCUGCUGAUCUAUUUUAAUGCUAGCUGCCAACAGAACAGAAUAAUAAUCCAGCUGCUUCUUCCUUUAUGUAGGUGUGUGGAUGGAAUAUGGAGAAGAUCUAUGCUGUCUAUUACUCAUGAGUCAGGAAGGAUGCUUUUGGCUAAUAAUUGAAAGUUUUGUUAUCAAUUUGAAGUUUUGGUUUGCAUUCCUUCUUUCCAAGCUCACAGUUACCAGUUACAACUUUUACACCUUCUCAGAAUAGAGUUGCCAACUCUCCACGAUUAUCCUGGAGCCUCCAGGAAUUAAAGACUUUUUUGGAUACUGCUGUGAGCCAUCUAUGGAAAAAAAAUCAUGUUAUUAAAAAUGUCUUUUUCUUUCUACUUUCUUUGAGCACCUUGUUAUCAGCUGUAAAAAUAUUAAAUGUGAGAAAGCAAAGACUGUUUGUCUUGACAGGUUGAUUGGCAAUGAAAAGGAAUCUCCAGAAAUGCCCCAAACUGGAGUCGGCAAAUCUAUUUCAGAGCAUACAGUCUUGUUGUAGGUAUUUUAUUCACUGAUUAGCUGUUUUCCUUUGCUAUUAAUCUGAAAGAAGAUUUUUAUAUUUUCCUAUUGACCAGGGCCCUAUAAAUUAAUCAAACAAUCUAAGUAAAUAUGUAAUGGUAUACUGACACAAUUCUUCAAUGUCAAGCUGAAUCUAAAAAAAAGUUGUAAACGAAAGUGCUAAAGAGAAAAUGUGUGUGUUUGUAGUGGGAAGAAGUUAGGGUAGAUGGAGAAGUUCACAGUAUUGUAAUUUCCAGCCAGUUUUACAGGAAGAAAACAAUUUCUUGCAUGUACACAUUACACUUGUGAUGAAUAUUAAUCUCAUAAUCUGCAUCUAAAACCUCCUGUCAAAAUGGAAAUGCCUUAUUUCCUCCUUCAAGAUUUAGCACCAAAAUUCUGACAAUUUAAUACAUGGAGUACUUAAUUUUUUAAAAUAAAUGCUUGAUUUAGGAAUUAGAUCGUACUAAGUGUAUAUUAUGGUUAAGAACUGAUUGAGCUUUUUAUUCAUAUAUGGAAUAAAAUAUUGAAGAAAUCAUUGCUCUAACAAAGAAAUUUGGAUAAAAUGCUAUUUUUCUCCAUGCUAGUGAAAUUGUAAGAAACCCUCUUCUAGAAUGUUCUGGAUUUUAAAAUGUCAUUAAA